AUGGCUCUAGCCGAAAGCGGAAGCGAUUCUGCAGAGUCUCAUCGCUAUGCAAAGACGCCUCAUUUGUGGACACUUGGCGUAGGAGCUGUCAUCAGCGGCAACUUCUUUGGCUGGCAGACGGGUCUCGUGGCUGGUUUCAACGGCUUGCUCGUCAACUUGUCUCUUGUUACAGUGCUUUACGUUCUGCUGGCGUUCUCGAUUGCUGAGCUCGCAACGACUGUGCCAUCCGGUGGCGGUCCCUAUGUCUUUGCUUUGCAUGCCAUCGGUCCUCGCGCUGCUUUCUUCGCUGGACAAGCCGAGAGUCUGAAGGUUGUCAUCACUUGUGCUGUGAUUGUCACGGGUAUCAGCUCGUUCAUGAACCAGCUGCUAAACUUGAGCUCCGACUACGGACCGAUCUGGUGGACUCUUUUCUACGUGCUCUUUGUCUCGCUCAACAUCAUUGGCGUCGAAAUGACCUUCCGCGUGCAAGCGUUUACGACAGUAGUGUCAGUGAUCAUUCUGCUCGUAUUUUACGUUGGUGCAGCUACGAAAGUGUCGUAUGCAAAAUGGGUCUCGGACGUCAAUUGGGAGUACCCUGGAGGUUGGGAUGGUGCAGUCAAGGGCUACUCGUUCGCUUUGUGGUUUUUCUUAGGGAUCGAGGAGCUGCCACUUGCCGUUGAAGUGACGAUCGAUCCAAGUCGCAACCUACCAAUUGGGCUCAUGACGUCCAUCUUCACACUCGUAUUUCUGGCUUUUUGCACCGUCGUCUUCAAUUCAAUGAUUUACCCUGGAGCUGAGGAUAUCUACAAUAGUGCAUCACCGCUGCUAACGGGAUACCAAAGCGUCUUUGGUGACAACAGCACAACAUCGGGAUUUUCCUGGAUGCUGCUUUUGGGCCUCAUUGCGAGCUUCCACUCGUUCAUCUUCUGCAUGGGUCAACUGCUAUUCGCAAUUGCUCGGGAUGGAUACUUACCGCACAUUCUCACUCGAAUACACCCGACGCGAGGUACCAUGUAUGUAUCGUUGAUUGCUGGUAGCAGCGUGGGAUUCCUCGUUGUAAUGGUGCUUCACUUUGUUAUCGGAGAUACUCGUCUGGGCUCGGUGAUGAUCAACCUCGCACUGAUAGGUGCUGUGAUUUCGUAUAUCUUUCAGCUGACCUCAUUCAUUCGACUUCGCAUCAAAGAACCAAGUCGAGUUCGCCCGUACCGCAGUCCAUUUGGCAUCCCUGGCGCUCUUGUGUCGAUGAGUUUGUGUGUCGCUGGAAUGGUGUCGAUCAUUUACAGCGGAACGUCCAGCUACGAGUUUCUAGCCUCCAUUAUCGUUGCUAUCCUGUACUUUUCCAUCGGAGCCAUGUACUUCUUCACUCGUGUACAACCACGUGCUAAAGCACCGCCAUCGGCGAUACAUCAUCUGGACAACGAGUCGGAUAGUAUCGAGUUUUCCUAUCAACCAAAUGGUGUCUGA